AUGACGCAUCAAGCCAUGGCCAACGAGCUCCAAGAAUUAAGAGACUUGAUCGAGCAGCUGCGGGUUGAAAAGGAGCAGCUACUGCAGGAACGAGCAGUAGCCAGUGCAUCCCAGUCAGGCUCAGGUUCAGCAGCUACAGGUCUCACACCCCAUAACAGCUACCUCUGCCGCUCAGGAUGCGGGAAACUUCCUCCCCCUGAUGUGAGGAGCCAAACAUCAGGAGGGGAGAAUACCGGCUCGGAUGUACAGGGACCAACUACUCCGACUGCUGCCCUUAACCUCGUAGCACCUUGCCCCAAGAGUGCCCCUAGGUCCUGCCGCUGGCUGCAGCUGCGCGCUGCCAAUGGCCUAGAAAUUCCCUAUGUAGGAUAUGUAGAGUUGGAUGUCACAGUCUUUGGCAAAGUUAUACCACAGCGAGGUGUGUUGGUCAUAAAAGACCCUCCUGGCCACAACUGUCCCUCAGAUGCCCCUGGGGUCUUAGGCAUGAAUGUGAUUAGGGAGUGUUAUCAGCAGCUUUUCACCCAACAUGGUCCUGACCUUUUUGACCUCCCCAUAAUGCAGCAGGCCCCUGCCGUGUGGCUACAGGCGCUACAACAUUGCCACCAUGCUCAGUCUCAUACAAAGCAAGCCAAGUCAGGGUUAGCCCGGGUGAGAGUUCAAAGCAGCCCAGUGAGAGAACAAAUUGAGUCCAUGGAAUUAUGUUCACUUUCUGAGCCAGACCAGAGAAAGGUUAAGUCCAUGUUGUUGGAACAUGGAGCUGCGUUUGCAGCUUCUGACCUGGACCUUGGUUGUACUAACCUUGUGACACAUGACAUCCCCUUACUUGACAACAUCCCAAUUAGACAGAGGUACAGGCGAAUACCCCCCUCUGACUAUGACGAGGUAAGGGCCCACAUACGUCACCUGUUAGAGAGCAAGGUUAUUCGGGAAAGCUGUAGCCCCUAUGCCUCUCCUAUUGUCUUGGUUAGGAAGAAGGACGGGAUCCUGAGACUCUGUGUGGACUACACGCUGCUAAACGGCAAGACACGAAAGGAUGCCUUUCCCCUACCAAGAAUUGAAGAGUCCUUGGAUGCUCUGUCGGGAGCUCAGUGGUUCUCCACCAUCGACUUGGCUAGCGGCUACCAUCAGGUCCCUGUCACAGAGCAAGAUAAAAUGAAAACUGCUUUCUGCACCCCAUUUGGUCUUUUUGAGUUCCAAAGGAUGCCAUUUGGCCUAUGCAAUGCCCCCAGUACAUUUCAGAGACUGAUGGAACGGAUGUUUGGGGACCAACAUUGCCGUUCCCUGCUGUUGUACCUUGAUGAUGUUGUUGUGUUUUCCUCCACAGUGGACAAGCACCUUAGCCGCCUGGACUUAGUUCUAGGCCGCUUUCAGAGGGAGGGGUUAAAGGCCAAGCUGGAGAAGUGCCAUUUCUUCCAACAAGAAGUACAGUACUUGGGACAUGUAGUGUCUGCCGCAGGUGUCUCUACAGAUCCGAAGAAGACUGCUGCGGUGGCUGAUUGGGCAAUUCCUAGUACGGUGGCUGAACUCAGGUCUUUCCUAGGUUUUGCCAGCUACUAUAGACGCUUCGUCGAAGGGUUUGCCAAGCUGGCUGCCCCCCUCCACAAAGUAGUUGCUGAGCUUACAGGGAAAAAGAACCGCCGAGGUCAGGGUGUUACUCUGAGUGACUCCUGGACCCCCCAGUGUGAACACAGCUUCAGCGAGCUCAAGGAGAGGUUGGUGUCUGCACCUGUAUUAGCCUAUGCUAACUUUGACCUUCCCUUUAUUUUAGAGGUGGAUGCCAGUCAUGAUGGUUUGGGUGCAGUCCUUUCCCAGGAGCAGGAUGGGAAGGUCAGACCAAUUGCCUAUGCCAGUCGGAGUCUUCAUCCUGCAGAAAAGAACUACAGCUCUAUGAAACUAGAGUUUCUGACCAUGAAAUGGGCAAUGACAGACAAGUUCCGUGAGUAUUUGCUGGGCCACAAGUGCAUGGUAUGAACAGACAACAACCCACUCAGUUACCUGAGCACUGCCAAAUUGGGUGCUACAGAACAGCGCUGGGUGGGGGAGCUGGCGGUUUUUGACUACACUGUGCGGUACCGCCCAGGGCGCAGCAACCGCAAUGCAGAUGCUUUGUCUAGGCAACACCCAUCCCAAGGUGAAGUAGCGACCUGCCCAGCCCGCCCUGGGACCCUGGUGCCGGAGACGGUUCGAGGAGCUGUUGUGGGUACAGGGUCGGCAGUCCAACACACCAUCUCUGCUGUCCCAGAGCGUUCUACCAAAGACCUAGUAGCAUUGCAAAGAGCUGACCCAGCCAUCAGUGCUGUUCUCCCUUUUUUUCACCAGCGGCGGGUGCCAGGCCGUGAAGAGAGACAGAGGCUCCAUCCUGCAGCGCUGCGGUUGUUGGGCCAGUGGGAUUGACUCACCAUGAGGGACGGGCUGCUGCACAGGACGUACCAGCGUCCCAAUGGUGGAGAAUGGGUGUACCAGCUGGUCCUCCCAGAGAGUCUGAGGGGAGAAGUGUUCCAGCAGCUACACAAUCAUCAUGGUCAUCAAGGUAUUGAGCGUACCACAGAGCUGAUCCGGCAGAGGUGCUAUUGGCCAGGAAUGGGCAAAAUGAUCAAAGAAUGGUGUCAAACAUGUGGGAGAUGCUGUGUUUCUAAAGAUACACAGCCACAGGUCCAAGCCCCAGUGGGCCAUUUGUUAGCCUCCAGACCCAACGAAAUAUUGGCUAUCGACUUUUCAUUUUUAGAGCCAGCUAGGGAUGGGAGGGAACAGGUGUUAGUGCUAACCGAUGUCUUCUCCAAGUUUACCAUGGUUGUCCCCACCCGAGACCAGCGGGCCUCUACAGUGGCAGACGUGUUAACCAUGGAGUGGUUCUACAAGUAUGGUGUUCCAGCAAGGCUGCAUUCGGACCAGGGUCGCAGUUUUGAAAGCACUAUUAUCCAACAGUUGUGUGAGUUGUAUGGCAUCAGAAAGUCCAGAACCACCCCCUACCAUCCCCAGGGAAACGGCCAGUGUGAGCGCUUUAACCGGACCCUCCUUCGCACUUUGUCAGCUGAACAGAAGCACAGAUGGCCAGAAUACCUCCAACAGGCUGUGUUCAGCUAUAACACCACACCCCACCAAACUACAGGUCAAUCCCCCUUCAUGUUGAUGUUUGGCCGUGAACGCUGGCUGCCUGUGGACUUCCUGCUGGGUCGUGUAGAAGAGCCGACCUCAGGUGAAGUCUGCAACUGGGUCCGGGAACAUCAGCGACGGCUGCAGGUGGCAGUGGAGAAUGCCCGAGAGAAGAUGAAGCAGGCUGCCGCCCAGCGAAAGGACAGGGCAGACCAACAGGCCCAGGGGGACGUGUUACCAGCAGACCAACACGUCUACCUGAGGGACCAUUCUCAGCAAGGGAGGAGUAAAAUCCAGGACGCCUGGGCCCCCAAAGUUUUCCAAGUGGUGAGACCCCCAGAGCGAGGAGGGGCAGUGUAUGCUGUGGCCCCACAACAUAAGGUGACAGAGGUACGACAUGUUCAUCGUUCCAUGCUUAAACCUGUACCGGCCUCUCAUAUUCUUCCCAGCCCUGCAACAAGGUGGAGCCCAUCCACGAUAAGCCCCGACACUGAAGAGCAAGGCCUGUGGGUGGCAGUCAGCUGUGCACCUGGGUCAGAGGAUUCCCAGCCUGUCAAUAUACAGGCCCCACCUCAAGUGGGCCCAGUGCUGCGCCCUGUACUCCCUACAGCAGUUCCCCCUGAAGCCUGUGCAGGUUCAGCAGCUACAGGUCUCACACCCCAUAACAGCUACCUCUGCCGCUCAGGAUGCGGGAAACUUCCUCCCCCUGAUGUGAGGAGCCAAACAUCAGGAGGGGAGAAUACCGGCUCGGAUGUACAGGGACCAACUACUCCGACUGCUGCCCUUAACCUCGUAGCACCUUGCCCCAAGAGUGCCCCUAGGUCCUGCCGCUGGCUGCAGCUGCGCGCUGCCAAUGGCCUAGAAAUUCCCUAUGUAGGAUAUGUAGAGUUGGAUGUCACAGUCUUUGGCAAAGUUAUACCACAGCGAGGUGUGUUGGUCAUAAAAGACCCUCCUGGCCACAACUGUCCCUCAGAUGCCCCUGGGGUCUUAGGCAUGAAUGUGAUUAGGGAGUGUUAUCAGCAGCUUUUCACCCAACAUGGUCCUGACCUUUUUGACCUCCCCAUAAUGCAGCAGGCCCCUGCCGUGUGGCUACAGGCGCUACAACAUUGCCACCAUGCUCAGUCUCAUACAAAGCAAGCCAAGUCAGGGUUAGCCCGGGUGAGAGACCAGAGAAAGGUUAAGUCCAUGUUGUUGGAACAUGGAGCUGUGUUUGCAGCUUCUGACCUGGACCUUGGUUGUACUAACCUUGUGACACAUGACAUCCCCUUACUUGACAACAUCCCAAUUAGACAGAGGUACAGGCGAAUACCCCCCUCUGACUAUGACGAGGUAAGGGCCCACAUACGUCACCUGUUAGAGAGCAAGGUUAUUCGGGAAAGCUGUAGCCCCUAUGCCUCUCCUAUUGUCUUGGUUAGGAAGAAGGACGGGAUCCUGAGACUCUGUGUGGACUACAUGCUGCUAAACGGCAAGACACGAAAGGAUGCCUUUCCCCUACCAAGAAUUGAAGAGUCCUUGGAUGCUCUGUCGGGAGCUCAGUGGUUCUCCACCAUCGACUUGGCUAGCGGCUACCAUCAGGUCCCUGUCACAGAGCAAGAUAAAAUGAAAACUGCUUUCUGCACCCCAUUUGGUCUUUUUGAGUUCCAAAGGAUGCCAUUUGGCCUAUGCAAUGCCCCCAGUACAUUUCAGAGACUGAUGGAACGGAUGUUUGGGGACCAACAUUGCCGUUCCCUGCUGUUGUACCUUGAUGAUGUUGUUGUGUUUUCCUCCACAGUGGACAAGCACCUUAGCCGCCUGGACUUAGUUCUAGGCCGCUUUCAGAGGGAGGGGUUAAAGGCCAAGCUGGAGAAGUGCCAUUUCUUCCAACAAGAAGUACAGUACUUGGGACAUGUAGUGUCUGCCGCAGGUGUCUCUACAGAUCCGAAGAAGACUGCUGCGGUGGCUGAUUGGGCAAUUCCUAGUACGGUGGCUGAACUCAGGUCUUUCCUAGGUUUUGCCAGCUACUAUAGACGCUUCGUCGAAGGGUUUGCCAAGCUGGCUGCCCCCCUCCACAAAGUAGUUGCUGAGCUUACAGGGAGAAAGAACCGCCGAGGUCAGGGUGUUACUCUGAGUGACUCCUGGACCCCCCAGUGUGAACACAGCUUCAGCGAGCUCAAGGAGAGGUUGGUGUCUGCACCUGUAUUAGCCUAUGCUAACUUUGACCUUCCCUUUAUUUUAGAGGUGGAUGCCAGUCAUGAUGGUUUGGGUGCAGUCCUUUCCCAGGAGCAGGAUGGGAAGGUCAGACCAAUUGCCUAUGCCAGUCGGAGUCUUCAUCCUGCAGAAAAGAACUACAGCUCUAUGAAACUAGAGUUUCUGACCAUGAAAUGGGCAAUGACAGACAAGUUCCGUGAGUAUUUGCUGGGCCACAAGUGCAUGGUAUGAACAGACAACAACCCACUCAGUUACCUGAGCACUGCCAAAUUGGGUGCUACAGAACAGCGCUGGGGUCGCAGUUUUGAAAGCACUAUUAUCCAACAGUUGUGUGAGUUGUAUGGCAUCAGAAAGUCCAGAACCACCCCCUACCAUCCCCAGGGAAACGGCCAGUGUGAGCGCUUUAACCGGACCCUCCUUCGCACUUUGUCAGCUGAACAGAAGCACAGAUGGCCAGAAUACCUCCAACAGGCUGUGUUCAGCUAUAACACCACACCCCACCAAACUACAGGUCAAUCCCCCUUCAUGUUGAUGUUUGGCCGUGAACGCUGGCUGCCUGUGGACUUCCUGCUGGGUCGUGUAGAAGAGCCGACCUCAGGUGAAGUCUGCAACUGGGUCCGGGAACAUCAGCGACGGCUGCAGGUGGCAGUGGAGAAUGCCCGAGAGAAGAUGAAGCAGGCUGCCGCCCAGCGAAAGGACAGGGCAGACCAACAGGCCCAGGGGGACGUGUUACCAGCAGACCAACACGUCUACCUGAGGGACCAUUCUCAGCAAGGGAGGAGUAAAAUCCAGGACGCCUGGGCCCCCAAAGUUUUCCAAGUGGUGAGACCCCCAGAGCGAGGAGGGGCAGUGUAUGCUGUGGCCCCACAACAUAAGGUGACAGAGGUACGACAUGUUCAUCGUUCCAUGCUUAAACCUGUACCGGCCUCUCAUAUUCUUCCCAGCCCUGCAACAAGGUGGAGCCCAUCCACGAUAAGCCCCGACACUGAAGAGCAAGGCCUGUGGGUGGCAGUCAGCUGUGCACCUGGGUACCAGCUUCUCUUCACCCCCCUGUCCAGAGAUGGUAAGAAAGUCAACCCGUGA